AUGAGCAUAAACCUGACAGAAUAUCACAGCAACGUGCGCUGGGAUGUCAACAACAACCAACUGGACGAGAUCAAGAGAUGUUUCUCUCUCUGUCUCCAUUUCCCAGUUUGCUUGGCGGCUCAUGGUCGCUUCGCUCAGAAGCUGCUGAAUGACUUGUUCUCCAACUACACCAAUGCUUUGCGUCCGGUGGAGGACACUGACCACAUCAUCAACGUCACACUGCAGAUCACUCUGUCCCAGAUCAUCGACAUGGAUGAGCGGAACCAGAUCCUGACGACCUACCUGUGGGUCCGCCAGGUGUGGAUGGAUGCCUACCUCACCUGGAAGAAGGAGGACUAUGACGGCCUCGACACCAUCCGCAUACCCAGCAGCUACGUAUGGAGACCUGACAUUGUCCUGUAUAACAGUGCAGAUGACGAGUUCUCCAGCUCCAUGGAGACCAAUGUAGUUCUCCGUAACGACGGCCAGGUCAUGUGGGACCAGCCUGCCAUCACCAAAAGCUCCUGCUCCGUGGACGUGGCCUUCUUCCCCUUUGAUUUGCAGCAGUGUCACCUCACCUUCGGAUCCUGGACUCACAACGGCAACCAGAUGGAUCUGUUCAACGCCUUGGACAGCGCUGACUUGGCUGACUUUGUCCCCAACGUGGAGUGGGAGGUUCUGGGCAUGCCAGCCAAGAAGAAUGUCAUCCUGUAUGGUUGCUGUUCAGAUCCGUACCCGGACAUCACCUUUAGCCUCCACCUGAAGAGACGUGCCUCCUUCUACAUCUUCAACCUCCUCAUCCCCUGCAUGAUGAUCUCAUUUCUGGCUCCGCUGGGCUUCUACCUGCCGGCUGACUCUGGUGAAAAGGUUUCUCUGGGUGUCACGGUGCUGCUGGCCCUCACAGUGUUUCAGCUGCUGGUGGCGGAGAGCAUGCCGCCCUCUGAGAGCGUCCCGUUGAUAGGAAAGUACUACAUCGCUACCAUGACGAUGGUCACCGCAUCAACAGCGCUCACUAUCUUCAUCAUGAACAUCCACCACUGCGGUCCCGAGGCCCGUCCCGUCCCACAGUGGGCCGAGCGCUUCAUCCUCAAUUACCUCGCCCGCAUCUGUUUCGUCUACGAAGUUGGCGAGAACUGCCUCGGCGGGACUUCGUCCAGGAAACAGCCUCUGUCGCAGGACGUGUCUGAAGCCCCGUCAGCCAAUGGCAGCAACACCAAAGGAACAAACUGGGACGUGAACGGGCAGGUGUGGGGAGGGAGGGCGGAGGAGGAUGGAGCUGGAGCGGGGGACUCUCUGAAGCUGGGGCGGGAUUUGACCAGCCAGACAGACUGGAAAGAGGAUCUGUUUGUGACCAUCGACCACUCAGAGGAAGAAGGAGCUGCUGGAGGACGUGAGGGGGAGCGGGGAGAUUCGACCAGUGGAGGAGGAGGAGGAGGAGGAGGAGGAGGAGGAGGAGGAGGAGGAGGAGAGCAUGUUGAGGAGAAGAAAGGUGUGGGAGGUGAAGGGGGAGGCGGAGCCGGGGUGAACAGGAGGGAGAUUGUGGUGAAAACCUUGUGUGUGUGCCAGCAUCAGGGACUGCGCAGGAACGUUGAGUACAUUGCCAACUCGUACCAGGACCAGCGAGCCGCGCAGCUGCGCAUUGGGGAGUGGAGGAAGGUCGCCAAGGUCAUGGAUCGCUUCUUCAUGUGGCUCUUCUUCAUCAUGGUCUUCUUCAUGAGCAUCCUCAUCCUGGGAAAAGCCAUCUGAUGGAGCUCGAGCUUCGAUGACGACGGCGAGUUGGUACACCGAUAAAAUCAAUUGUUCCAUUAAAUCUAAAAUCAGUCAUCAGUGAUGGUUUGAUUCAUAAAGUGACGAAUUUCAGCCGGUUUAAAGGUUCAUUUUUGUGUACAGCAUGUCAACCUGCCAAAUUUAUAAUCCAUCUGGGAUCUUUGCAAAUAUUGAUUUCCAUCAGGAAAUGUAGACUGAAGGAGACUCGCUCGAACACGACAGAUCAUUUCAAGAGCUAUGACUGCGUCUAAUUAACAUGGAGAGUUUAAUUAAAUAAUAUGAUCUUCAGCUCAAUAAGAACACACACGGAUUAUUGUGAGUCAACCCAGAUCUGACGCACAUCACAUCUCUCGAUAAAUAGUUAUUUUGUCAUCUUUGCCCCCAAAAUCAGCACAUCCAGGCUCCUGUACUGUGACCUCGUCACAUGUCCACGUUUGGUCAUGGACUUUCCACGUCCACAUAUGACGUCCAAGGUACCCUGGGUGUGUUGGUUGUUGACGUUCUGGGACGCCGUGUCAACUUCAGCCUGUUACAUGCAUUGUCUGUUUUCAAAAUACACUUCUGUUUUCACAGGAAAUGUACAGUUUGCAUACAGUCUCUUUCAAAAUAAAAGCACUACGUCGGUACCGCCAAUUGACGUUUUUUUUUUUUUUCCUUCAACACACACGUGGUUGGGUUUAGGAAAAAAGAACAGGGUUUGGCUUUGCAAUCUUACAGGAAGUGAACACCGCUCUCUCGGGUGAAAGUCAGUGAUUGUUGAACCCACCACCCCUCCCAGCGGCACCACCUGGACUUCGCCGCCUUAAUAUAGUAUGUUAGAGUGGAAAAAUAAUUUUCUGGUCAUAUAGCUAAGGUUGUGCUGAAAAAAAAGAUAUCAAACAUUGGCAUGACAAACAUUUUUUUAUGUGGUAUAUAAAGGCAAAAAUCACAAGUAUACAAAACGGCCAAAAUUAGCCCAAGACCCUAAAGGGUUAACUUUCGUACAUGCCCCACUGAGUUCUCCUCCGGAUGGCGCCAGGCGGUGUUAAACAAUAACGCCAACCGGCCACAUAUCAUGCCGACGUUAAAGGCACACGGGCGGCACAUGACCGACCUUCAGUGUUGGAAUGAUGUCAGUCAUUGUUUCAACAUUUAAACAACAUUUAAUUCUGAUGGUUGUAAAAAGGUUUCUGAAAUUCUCAUAAAUCAACACUGACAUUUCACAAAGAUCUGUUUCAAUGUUGAAAGAACUUUUUAAACAAUGUUUAAAGUUUAUGAAACAAUAUUUCAAAAUCAACAUUGAUUCAUCCGUCAAAAUCCAAACAUAAUUCAACAGUGAUUCGACCGCGGCGUGUGACGUUGAUUCAACAGUGAAUGAACACUAGAACAUCCGCUGGGUGUCAAAUAUGAACUGAUUGGCCAUGAUCAAGGUGAAAUAUCUGUAAAGUCACCAGGCGGAGCUGUUUCUGCUCACGUAAGUGGAAUUAUUAAUGAUUACAAACCAAACUGUUUUGUUUGUAGUGUUUUUAUAGUGAAAUGGAUCCGUCAGAUUCAGAGAGAAAAGGAGACAAAAUAAACUAAAGAAACUUUUGAGAGUUUGAUGAGUCCGUCACAGAAAAGGAAAUAUUAAAUAAUCUGAAAUUAAUAUUGGAAAUAAAAAACGAGUCUCCUCAGGCUUUAUUAUUAAAGUUCCUAGUAUGUUGUCAUUUCGUUAUUAAAAGCCCGUCCUCUCUUUUGUUGCUGACAGCGUACAUGAAAAUGACCUUGAAAUGAGUCAGCAGCUUCAGACACUCACCAAACAGAUUUCUUUAAAGAAAACAGCUUGAAUUUAUGAGACUGAUCUUUUCUGAAGAAAAACUUCUAUAUUAAAGCAGCUCGACUCAUAAUUUAUGAUUCACGACGUUUCUCACCUGUUUGAAGGAAAACUUGAUUUUAAAGAUGAAAAUCAACAUUAAAUGUUUUUAAGAGACGAAGACGAUGUUAAAGGAGGCGGCAGGCUUCGUCUGUCUGUGAUGAUCAAACAUGAAUAAUGAUAUGUGUUUACAUGAUGACUGACCACUGUUUGUCUUACAGCUGAACACACACACACACACACACACACACACUUUUUUAUACGAAUAUUUUUGAGUGUUUUGAGCAUGCACGCAGGAUUGUCUUUAAAUCAUCCGUCACAUUCAGUUUGACCACAUCUGGGACUGUAACUGACUACUGUAAAACUUAUAUUAGUAGCCCAGGCAAUUAUUUGCUUAAAUUACUUGUAUAAAGCUUCAGAUAAUAUAUUACAUAAUCACACGGACACAUAAUCUGAGGUAGCCGACAACCUGCUUUUAUACAUCCAAAGAACUUCUAUAAAGACGAACUGCUUGGCACCAGACCAGGCCUCUAUUGGAGACAGGCCUUUAUUUGUCACAAUGUGCAGCCACACCAGGCCUGUAAAAGUGACUGGGCCUUUAAGAUGUGAAUUCUGCUUUUUUCAUUGAUCAUUUUAACAGAACAUUCAGUCAAAUAGAGAAAUACUAACGAAGUCUGGGAGAGAAAUUAGAGCUGGACUCAAAUCCAAAACUCCAGCUCACGGUCGGUCCUCCGAGUCCAGCCGAGUAUGUCGUCACAAUCGUCUGGACACCUGGGGAACGCUCUGUUAAAACUAAUCCUGUCCUCUAAUAAAAAAAUGAAACACUGUAAUUUAAAAAGCUCAGAGGUCGGUAUGAGGUCGUCGUCCCAGUUCAGUGAUGAAUUAAAGACAAUCCUGCAGUUUAUCUGUCAUAUCAUCAGUUUAUAAACCACACGAGUUUAAAACAGUUUAACUCACUGCAUGUUCUCAGCACACACUGAAUCUGUAACUGUCAUGAUGCCGAACGAGUCAUAAUCAGAAUGGUGACGAGUUAUUCAACCCUGACGAGUAUCAUCAUCAUCACGUGUCCAGACUUAUAAAGUUCAUUUAUUUACUAAAUCAAGUGAGACAAAACUUUUCUGUUGGAAGACUGGACGCAACGUGAUCUUCUUCUUCUUCUUCCUCUGUGAUCUUAAGACUUCAAAUCUUAUCAUAUGUUGUCUGUUUAAAAAGAGCAAACAACAUUAAAAAAAAAGUUAAAAAUAAGAUUUAUUUUUACAAUGUAAAAUGUCCCAGUCACACAAAGGAGGAUCAGGUCGUGUUAAAGAGAAAAACAUCUUAGAUUUCCAGAAUAAAGUCGUUAAAUAUACAAGAAAAAUGUUUAUUACAGUCUCCUCCAGCACUGUCGACUUUCAGGUCUGUGACUUGUUUUCUUCUAAAAUUACGAGAUUGAUCUUGUAAUGUUUCGACUUUAUUCUCAUAAAAUUACGACUUUAUUCUCGUAAUCUAAGACCUUUCUUUUUACUCUAGCGUGGCCUAAUCCUUCUUCGUACAAUCACAACAUGUCUCGGUCACAAUGAUUUGAUAAAUACGAGAGAAAAUAAUCCAAAUGUUUGACUGACGUAAAAGUUCAGCUGAAUGAAACUUUGCAUAUCUGAAUCCUACAUAAAAAACAGCUUCUCAUUUUUUGCAGUGUUUGUUGUCAUCACAAUGUGAAAACAAGAAAUGCCAAAUUUUUGACUGUAACCUGUUGUUAUGUAUCUCGUCUGUGGUGUUGGACACUUGUCAGAGACAUAUUUACACACGAGACA